CCCUCCCCCCCCUCUCUCCCGGCCCCUCGCCGCGACCUUCUCAAGAUGGCGUCUUUCUUGUUCUAUUGCCGACGGGUUCCAGGCCGCCGUCGCUGCGCCUUGAAAUGAGCCCCGACUGAGAUGAGGAAUCGGAUUUCCAGAGGAAGGGAAUCCGGAUGGUUUGUUUGCUCUGAGGUCCACUUUGAAUUGACAUGGAGAAGUUUGGUGUGAACUUUGGUGGUGGCCCCAAUAAGAGAGAGCUUUUGGAUACCAUUGAAACUCAGAAGAAGCAACUGUUCCAGUACCAGGCACGUUUGAGAGAUGUCGUGCAGGCUUACAAAAGUCUCCUUAAAGAGAAAGAGGCUUUAGAAGCCAGUUUAAAAGUUCUCUCUGUAUCACAGGAAGUAGAUAAUAAUUUACAGAACAUAGACUCUGUGAGUGCAGCGUUCUGCUCUGACAUUGGAGAUGAUCAAAGCUCAGUCCAUAGUGAGGACAGUCUGAGGACUGUGAAUAGUUUGGACACAACAGCCAGUUUGACUAGUAGCAACAAAGGAGAGUUAAAUAAUGAGGACAAGAUAUUGGGAGAAUUGGAAGCUGGGGGGAGCCCUCCAAAGAGUGAGGAAGCCAACAGUACUGAAAGUGGCAUUGUUGUGAGUGGGGAACAGCAGAGCCACAGUGAAACUGAUAAAAAAAUGCAAUUGAAAGGUCAUUUGGCAACACUGACCAAUGCUUUGGCAACUGUUACACAAGAAAAAUCACGAAUGGAAGCUUCUUAUUUAACAGACAAGAAGAAAAUGAGACAAGAGCUGGAAGACUUGACACAGAAGUUUCAAGAAGAAGACUCCAAAUAUGAAGCUGAGAUUAAAAAAGUCCAAGAACAACUAGCAGAGGCUAAGGCACGGAUUAUUACCCAGCAACAUGAGCGGGACCGGGAGCAAAUUGACCACGCCACAAUGCUUCAUGAACUUCAAAAGCUGCUGCAGGUAGAGAGAGCUUUUCGUCAAGAUAUUGAACUAAAACUUGAAGACACAAAGGAUCUAUUGACUUCAAAAAGUUAUGCGGCAGAUAGGGUAGAUGACUGCGAGGCUCAAAUGAAGCAUUUGAGUAAGGAGGUGGAAGAGGUGAGGACUGCACUACGGCUUGCUGAAGAAGAGAAGAGAAAACCACACCCACGUUUACAGGAAUUGGAGAUGGAAAUAACUGAGACAAAGGCUCAUUAUCAGGCACAACUUCAUUUGGAAAUAAGGAAGGCUGCACAGUCCCAAGAACAGCUUCGUCACUUCUCUCAAAUGGAGGAGGAACGAGUUGCAAAUUUGGAAACCCGAGUCUCUGAGCUUUCUGAUCUUGUCGGUACUUAUGACAAGGGUAAGCAGAAAGACAAGAUGACAAUUCACAAACUGAAAGAGCGAAUUAUACAAUUGGAUAUGGAGAACAAGACUUUGGCCAAUGCUGCAUCCAACAGAACAUCGUUGGAUCUAAUGGUCGAUGAAUCUAAUCUAGAUGUCAAUAUUUUGAGAGACAAAAUGGAAAAGCUAAAGAAACUGUUGGCACUGGCAGACCGGAAAUCACAGGAACCCUUAGACAUGGAGAAGCUUUGUGAAGUUGAUUCCACAGACACACCUGACACGUCAGAUGGAGAGAAAGCUUCUGUUUUCUAUUAUCAACAGGAGUUGAAACAGUUGAAGGAAGAAUUUGAACGCUAUAAAAUGAGGGCUCAAGUUGUGCUCAAAAACAAGAACACUAAAGAUGGCAAUACAACCAAAGAGUUAGAGACUUUGCGUGAGCAGCUGGCAGAGCUGAAAGAGAAAUAUAUUACCCUCCGCCUUGCAUGUGAUGAAAUGGAAGCCAAGCACAAAUGUGAUAAUGAGGCAAAUAAACAGUAUAUUACCCAGCUUCAAACAGCUCAUAAGAAAGAAAUGGAAAAGAUUGAGAUCCAGUAUCAUGAAAGAGUUAUUAAACUGGAAGAAGAAAUGCACAAACAUAGAGAUAGGGCUCUUGCAGUCUUAGCGGAGAAAGACAGAGAGACUGAAACACUACGCUUGGGCUCCAGUGGGCUAUCAAGUCAUAAAAACUAUGUUGAAAGCAAGUUUUGGUCUGAGGGGAAUGGUUCUCAGAAUGAAGAUGAUCUUCAAGAUGAUUUCUGUCAAGCUAUUGUGAAGCAGACUGCUAAGUAUUCAGGACCUAAUGAGCCUACUUUUCUUCACUAUGCAGAACAGCUGGCACGAAAGGAGCUUGAGGUCACAACACUGAGGAAGCAAAAACACCAAAUGGAAGCUGUAGUUCAUCAGCUGGAGGACAGUCUCCUAAUGGAGAAAGAAAGGCACAAAGAAAAUGUUGAGGCUCUUCAAGAUGAAAUACAGAAACAUCUCAGAGACAAAAAUCGGGAAGGAGCCAACCUGGAAUAUGUGAAAAAUGUGACCUACAGGUUCCUGACCUUGUCUGAUGCUCUGGGACGCCAGCAGACACUGACCGCUAUUCUCACCAUUCUGCAUUUCAGCCCUCAGGAAAAGCAGAAUGUGAUGAAGCUGCAGGGAAGCAGUUGGUGGAGUUCUGGGAAAAGAUGAUUUGUGCGAUAUUUAUUAACUCCUGAUUGUUCUUUGAUCUUAAAUUCCACUUUUUACACUCAUUCAUUCUCAUAGUUUUUUGCUAGGCCAUUUCUGAUUUUCGUAUCUCCAAAGUUUGAUAUCAUUACCAUUAACCUGAAAAUUAAUACCUUCAAAAUCGCAUUAUGAUACUUCCGUAUUUGACAAUGAUGUAAAAUUGGAAUGUUUUGUAAACUGGUUCAUAUCUGCAAUUUUAACAGGAUUAAGGACGUGAACCUGAUACGAAAGAAGAGAAAAAUGUUUGUGACAAUAUUGUUUUCAUAAUAUCUGCUUCAAAUGCUGGUGCUAAAAAGCUUUGCCUUGGGAAAUAGCAGCCUUAUUGAUGAAAAUAACUUUUUAGUUUCCAGUUCAGUUCUGAUUAUAAAAUGGAAUGACCAAUAACUCUUACUUCCAUUUCAUUCAUUUUAUGUAUAGGUUUUGAUCCUGUGUGGUUGAAACAAUAAGACAAACUUGACAUCUGCCUUGAACUUUUUUUGUGAUGAAAGGUCAUCCAAAUUUGUGACAAUUAUUUCCACAAAGAGCUCCAUCUAAGCUGGGUCAAUUCUCAUUAAACAAAAGAUUUGGAAUUGUUCUCCCUUUUUUUAGGAUUUGAUUCCUUCGUUCCAUUAUGUUGCCUGAGUACCUGAGGAAAUGUUUGGAAGCAAGGCAUCAGAAACCUGAGCAAAGGUGAAAUGGUGACUUUUCCUUUCCAUUGAAUUCACAGCAAGAUAUACAUGAAUUUGUGAUUCUCAUGCCUUGUGGCACUUUACCAAAUGAUGUGAUGGCAUGGCUAUUUCUAGGUGCACUGAUAAAAGGAAAAUUGAUAAUUUGGUGGCAAGGAGUUUCUUUUUCAUAUAUUUUCAUCUUUUCCAUAUUUGUGGUUGUAGGACUGUUGGAGAAAGGCAAGGAACUUUAGAGCUGUUGACUUGACAGUAAUGGACAGAUUUGAAUUACUUUCUCUCUCACGUUAAACAAAAGUAGAUAAGAUCAUCAGAAGCAUCAACAGGUAUUUUAUCUUUCAGCCCCUUGAGAUGGCUCUGCCUUUCUCUAUGGCCAAUUUAAUAUCCCUCAAGUCCACUUUCCCUGUUUAUGCUCUUUAACCCUUGAUUCCCUUACUAAUUAGAAAUAUCUAUGUGCACAAAGAUCCUGCCUCCCACAGCUCCGGUGUCAGGAGUUCCCAACAGAAUUUCUCAGAGAAUUUAUACAUCAUCUCAAUCUUAUAUGGACACCCUUUAGUUAAAAAAUACCAUGUCUUUUAUUUUUCCAAUGAGAGGAAUAAUCUCUGAGCAGUUACCGUCUCACUUCCUACAAAUCUCUUAUAUUUCAAUAAGGUUGCGAUUGCCUGCGAUGUUCCAAGGAUCAUCCUUGUGAAACCCCUGAUCCACCUCCAAUGAAAUAAUAUGUUUCCAUAAGGGGGCUAAACCCGUUCACACUACUCUAUUGGUCUCACUAAUGCCUUGUAAUGGUUACUUAUUUUUAAACUCCAAUUCACUUGAAAUUAGGACCAGCAUUUAUUUCAUGAGCCGUAGUAUCCCUCUAAUUUUUUGGUUGAUGGAUUGAUGAAAAGAUACACCAUGGAAACAGGCCCUUCAGCCCACCUGGUCCAUGCCGACCAACAAUCACCCAUUCACACUGGUUUUGUUAUCCCACUUUGCAUCCACUCCCCACCCACUAGAGGAAUUUUACAUAUGUUAAUUAACCUACAAACCCACAUGUCUUUGGUAUAUGGGAGGAAACUGGAGCACCCAGAGAAACUUGGUCACGGAGAAGUGCAAACCACAGCAGCAUCAGAAGCCAGGAUCGAACUCUGGUCUCUGGCACUGUGAAGCAGCAGCAGCUAUACUACAGUGACGCCUAUUUCCUGUUUGUUGCUUCCUGUUUCUGCCUCUUGGUGUCUAAAUGCCUCUUAAACAAUCUGUUUCGAUAUUCUCCCAUGACAGCCUGUUCCAGGUGUAUAUUAAAAAAAAUUGUCUUGAAAAUCUCCUUUGUGUGAUAGCAGUGGGGAAGAAGCUGUUCCUUAAUCUGUGCCACAUGCCUUCAAGUGUUUGUAACUUCUAGCUGAUGAGAAAGGGAGAAUGAGGGAAUGACAAGGGUGUGAAUGCUCCUUGAUUUUGUUGGCUGCUUUCCCAAGGCAGCAUGAACUAUAGAUGGAGGGGGGUGGUGGAGAUAGGUUGGAUUUGCAUCCUUAGAUCCCUCUGUACAUUAAUGCCCCUAAAGAUUCUGCUGUUUACUGUAUAAUUUGCACUUGCACCUGACCUCCAAAAAUGUCCUCAUCAACUUGUACUUUUCCAGAUUAAAUUGCAUCUGCCAUUUCACUGCCAAAAUUUCCAACUGAUCUAUAUUCUGCUGUAUCCUUUAACAGCCUUCUCGCUAUCCAUAAUGCCACCAAUCUGCAAAAAUUACUAAUGGGAGCAUCAAUAUUUUCAUCUAGAUCAUUGAAAUAGAUGACAAACAACAAAGGUACCAGCACUGAUUCAUACGGAACGCCAUUAUCUGCAGUCAGAAAAACACCAUUCUACAAUCAGCCUCUGUCUUCUGUGACCAGGUCAAUUUUGGAUCAAAUUUACCAACUCACCAUGUUUCACGUGUGACUUAAUCAUCUGGGCCAGCAAAACAUGAAGGACGACUUUCACUGCCCUAAUCAUAAAUUUGAUCAACUUUCAUUAGGAAGUGAUGAAGAUGAUCAAUAAGGAACAUCUUCAUCAUUUCCUAAUAAAGGUUAAUCAAAUUUAUGAGGCUGGACCUCUCACACGCGAAGCCAUGUUGAACUGCUAAUAAUCCAUGCUUUUCUGAAUGUAAGUAAAUCCUGUCCUUAAGAGCCUUUUCCAAUAAUUUCCCAACAACUGAUGUAAGGUUCUUCAGCCUAUAAAUUUCCUGAUAAGCUUGAGGCCUUUCCUAAGCAAAGGAACAACAUUGGCUAUUCCCCAGUCUUCUGACUAAAGAAGAUACACAGAUCUCUAUCACGGCCCCAGCAGUCUCCUCCUUGCUUCCCUCAGAAUCCUGGGAUAAAUCUCAGAAAUUUCCAUGGUGUUAUAUUACCAUAGUAUAUGAGGCCAUUCAGUCUGAGAGGUGGG